AUGAGGGUCUCUCUCUUCCUCGCUCUUUCUUACCUUUCCGCAGCCGUUUGGGCUGGAGGAUAUCAGGGGUGCCUUGAGCGCGUCUGGCUGUUCCAGGCCUACGAAAUCGAUGCACUCAACCCUGAGAUGGAUCAAACACUCGGCUUCAGAUGCAGUCGGUGGAAUGACGGCACCAAACAGUGCGAUGGUGACUGGAACCCAUGUCGCUCCAGAGCUGGCACCCGAUGCAAUUUCGACGAACUCACGCAUUUUAUGGGCAAUGCGCCUACGCCAAGGGGUUGGCAAGUCUUGGACCCCGCCACUAGAAGGCUUGAUACUCAGCGAACCGCCGAAAAUUGUUAUCGAAUCUUUACCACACGGGGCCGCGGCAGGGUUCCCAACUUUCCGCCCUACUCUGCCAUGAAGAAUACGUACGAAUACAACGAUUACCUCAUAAAACUCACCAAAAAAGUCAACGACGUGUGGAUGAAAAAGAGUACCGUCGCCAACAAGCAACUGUGGGAGGAUUUCGACAGUACCAGAGAGAAGAUUAGUGUUGCGCGCGCCGGAGACCAUGGCCCUUACCUCUUAAAUGCGGCCAGGGCCUCGCUGGGCGGCACGAUGACGAUACACACGCAGAACUUGGGCAACAAUCCGGCGACUGGCGCCGUGUGGGAGACGGUGGAUUGGAAGGAGACGGCCAGUCAAGCCAGGACCAGCGGCAUAGCCGAUGCCCAGACACGCAUUCGGGAUUUUCUCGAUAGUUGGUAU